CGUGCCAUUUAUGUGUUGGUGGAGUUGUUGGAGUAGGAGGAGAGGGAGAAGGCGGGACGAAAGAGGAGAGGGGUACGAGGCCAUGGGAGCAGCCUGAAAGAGUCCUGGUUGCGGACGAAGGGGUCGGUAGGGGAAAGCGCAGCCUGGAGUAAGAUGGGGAUUCUCCCGAAAGUCGCGCUGUUGUUUUGCUACUGUUUGGUGUCUGCUUGGGGGUCUCCUUUAUUGCUUUUUGCCAACCGAAGGGAUGUCCGAUUGGUUGAUGCUGGUGCAGCAAAACUAGAGUCUGUUGUUGUGGUGAGCAGCUUGGAAGAUGCAGCUGCUGUUGACUUUCUCUAUUCACAAGGUGUUAUUUAUUGGACGGAUGUAAGCGAAGAGUCCAUUAAACAAACAUUGUUUAACCAGAGUUCUAACUCACAAACUGUAGUAAUCCCGGGCUUGGUCUCCCCUGAUGGCCUCGCUGUUGACUGGGUUGGCAAGAAACUUUAUUGGACAGACUCCGAAACCAACCGGAUAGAAGUUGCAAACCUCAAUGGAACAUACAGAAAAGUCCUCUUCUGGCAAGAUCUGGAUCAGCCGAGGGCGAUCGCUCUCGAUCCUGCUCAUGGAUACAUGUACUGGACAGAUUGGGGUGAAACCCCCCGGAUAGAAAGAGCUGGAAUGGAUGGCAGCACACGCAAAGUCAUAGUUGACACCGAUAUUUAUUGGCCCAAUGGACUGACAAUUGAUUUAGACGAGCAAAAGCUUUACUGGGCAGAUGCAAAGCUUAGUUUUAUUCACAAAGCUAAUUUGGAUGGCUCAUUUAGGCAAAAGGUAGUUGAAGGAAGCCUUACACAUCCAUUUGCUCUGACGCUGACAGGAGAAACCUUGUAUUGGACGGACUGGCAGACAAGAUCAAUUCAUGCCUGCAACAAACGCACAGGGGAGAAAAGGCGAGAAAUUCUUAGUUCCCUCUACUCUCCUAUGGACAUUCAAGUGUAUAGUAAAGAGAGGCAGCCAUCGUACCCUACACCAUGUGAUGAAUCUAAUGGUGGUUGUUCUCACCUUUGUCUUUUGUCCCCAAGAGAGCCCUUUUAUAGCUGUACAUGUCCUACAGGAGUUCAACUGACAGAGGAUGGCAAAACUUGCAAAACAGGUGCUGAUGAUGUCUUGCUGCUUGCACGGAGAACUGACCUUCGAAGGAUCUCACUAGACAUGCCAGAUUUUACAGACAUUGUCCUGCAAAUUGAUGACAUCAGGCACGCGAUUGCCAUUGAUUAUGACCCAGUUGAAGGAUAUAUCUAUUGGACUGAUGAUGAAGUUAAGGCUAUCCGCCGUGCAUAUCUGGAUGGAUCAGGAGUCGAAACCCUGGUUACAACUGAAAUACAGCACCCUGACGGCAUAGCGGUUGACUGGGUGGCUCGUAACCUUUAUUGGACUGACACCGGGACAGAUCGUAUAGAGGUUACUCUGCUGAAUGGCACUUCAAGGAAAAUUUUAAUAUCUGAAAACCUGGAUGAACCGAGAGCUAUUGUUUUAAACCCAUUAACUGGGUAUAUGUAUUGGACAGAUUGGGGAGAAAAUCCAAAAAUUGAGUCUGCUUAUCUGGAUGGGUCAGAACGGCUGGUUCUUGUUAAUUCAUCAUUGGGAUGGCCCAAUGGAUUAGCACUGGAUCUUCAAGAUGGCAAACUUUACUGGGGAGAUGCUAAGACAGACAAAAUAGAGGUUAUCAGUGUUGAUGGAAGCAAUCGGAAAACUCUCUUGGAAGACAAACUUCCACAUAUAUUUGGCUUUACGUUGCUGGGAGAUUACAUCUACUGGACAGACUGGCAAAGGCGAAGCAUUGAAAGAGUUCACAAAGUCAGAGCAAGUCGAGAAAUUAUUAUAGACCAGCUCCCAGAUCUAAUGGGUCUGAAAGCUGCAAGUGUCUCUAAUACAUUUGGUACCAAUCCAUGCGCUGACAAUAAUGGAGGCUGCAGCCACUUAUGCUUCUUUUCUCCCCGGGGAGUCCGAUGUUCCUGCCCCAUAGGACUGGAGUUACUUAGUGACAUGAGGACUUGCAUUAUUCCUGAAGCCUUCUUAGUUUUUACCAGUAGAGCAACUAUCCAUAGGAUUUCCUUAGAAACAAACAACAAUGAUGUGGCAAUUCCUCUCACUGGAGUCAAAGAGGCAUCUGCUCUCGAUUUUGACGUAUCUGAUAACAGACUUUACUGGACUGAUAUCACCUUGAAGACAAUUAGUAGGGCAUUUAUGAAUGGAAGCUCCGUAGAACAUGUUAUUGAGUUUGGCCUGGAUUACCCAGAAGGUAUGGCAGUUGAUUGGAUGGGCAAGAACCUUUAUUGGUCAGAUACUGGAACAAAUCGUAUUGAAGUUUCACGACUGGAUGGACUGUAUCGUCAAGUUUUGGUUUGGAAAGAUUUGGAUAACCCUAGAUCCCUGGCUUUGGAUCCAGCAAAGGGAUACAUGUACUGGACAGAAUGGGGAGGAAAACCAAGAAUAGUAAGAGCCUACAUGGAUGGGACCAACAACAUCAUUUUGGUUGAUAAAGUGGGUCGAGCCAAUGACUUAACCAUUGACUAUGCUGAUCAAAGGCUGUAUUGGACUGACCUGGAUACAAAUAUGAUUGAAUCUUCAAACAUGCUAGGAGCGGAAAGAGAGAUCAUUGCAGAUGACCUGCCUCAUCCCUUUGGACUAACUCAGUACAGUGACUAUAUCUACUGGACAGACUGGAACCUCCACAGCAUAGAAAGAGCAGACAAAUUAAAUGGCAAUAACCGCACUUUAAUACAAGACCACCUAGAUUUUGUGAUGGAUAUCUUGGUCUUUCACUCUUCCAGGCAGGAUGGUUUAAAUGACUGCAUGCAGAAUAGCGGACACUGCAGUCAGCUCUGCUUGGCUGUGCCAAAGGGAUCCAAAUGUAGUUGCUCCUCUCAUUAUACACUAGCCUCAAACAACCGGGAUUGCAGCCCACCUUCCAACUUUCUGCUGUUCAGUCAGAAAACUGCCAUUAAUCGAAUGCUAUUAGAUGAGCAGCAGAGUCCAGAUAUAACUCUUCCAAUCCAUGGGCUGAGAAAUGUCAAGGCAAUUAGCUAUGACCCUGCGGAUGGGCUUAUCUACUGGGUGGAUGGAAGGCAGAACAACAUCAAGAGAUCAAAGGAUGAUGGGACACAGUCGUUUGUGGUGGUCUCUACUCCAAAUCAAAGCCAAACUCAAGAAAAGCAGCCUCAUGACUUGAGUAUUGAUAUCUACAGCCGCACAUUGUACUGGACUUGUGAAGGCACAAACACCAUCAACGCAAAUAAACUUAAUGGAGAGUCUUUAGGAGUUGUUCUUCGAGGAGAAAAUGACAAGCCUAGAGCCAUAGCUGUGAAUGCAGAACGAGGGUACAUGUAUUUUACAAACAUGCAAGAGCGAUCCCCAAAGAUUGAGAGGGCAGCAUUCGAUGGGACAGAGCGUGAAGUACUGUUUUCUACAGGUCUGAUACGACCGGUUGCUUUGGUUGUUGACAACAAACUAGGCAAACUUUUCUGGGUUGAUGCCGACUUAAAAAGAAUUGAAAGCAGCGAUCUGUCUGGAGCCAAUCGUGUAACGCUAGAAGACUCUAACAUCCUUCAGCCGAUGGGGCUUACAAUUCUUGGGGAUUACCUGUAUUGGAUCGAUAAGCAGCAGCAAAUGAUUGAGAGGGUGGAGAAAACAAAUGGAAUUAGAAGAACGAAAAUUCAAGGUCGCAUUGCUCACCCCACUGGUAUUCAUGCAGUGGAGAGUGUCGACAUGAACGAGUUCUUUGCUCACCCAUGUCUUAAUAACAAUGGAGGUUGCUCUCACAUCUGCAUUACCAAAGGAGAUGGUACCCCUAGAUGUUCUUGUCCAGUUCAUCUGGUCUUACUACAAGACCUGUUAACAUGUGGAGAUGAUAAUGUUGUAUUUGCCCUAAAAUGUAUCACACCUUCUCUAGAGCCACCCACUUGCUCCCCAGAGCAGUUCACUUGUGCAACAGGGGACAUUGACUGCAUUCCCAUGAACUGGCGUUGUGAUGGCUUCUCAGAGUGUGAUGACCAUAGUGAUGAAGAAAACUGUCCUGUGUGUUCAAGCAACCAGUUCCAGUGUGGGAAGGGUCAGUGCAUUGAUGCCCGUCAGAAAUGCAAUGGAGAGUUUGAUUGCCAGGAUAAGUCGGAUGAAUUGGACUGUGACUCUAUCUGCCUUCCUGAUCAGUUCCGUUGUGCCAGCGGUCAGUGUAUAAUGACGAGUCAGCAGUGCGACACCUUCCCCGACUGCAGCGAUAGCUCUGAUGAGCUGAUUUGUGACAAGCCUCCUCCAGAGAAAACGCCAUCUCACAGCAGUGCCAUAGGGCCAGUUAUUGGCAUCAUUCUGUCUGUCUUUGUCAUGGGUGGCCUGUAUUUUGUAUGCCAGCGAGUGGUAUGUCACAGGUAUACAGGGCCAAAUGGACCUUUUCCUCACGAGUACAUAAGUGGAACUCCACAUGUCCCUCUCAACUUUAUAACUACAAGAAGCUCACAGCCUAACACUUACACUGGUAUUUCCUAUGGCAAGCCAAUGAUUGGCUCAAUGAGCAUCAUGGGAGGCAGCAGCGGAGCCCCACUUUAUGAUAGGAACCACGUGACAGGAGCCUCAUCUAGCAGCUCUUCCAGCACUAAGGCCACACUAUACCCUCAAAUAUUGAAUCCACCUCCAUCACCAGCAACAGAUCGUUCUUUAUACAACACAGAAGUAUUUUACUCCUCAAACAGUCCAUCUACCACUAGAUCGUACAGACCCUACCUUAUAAGAGGGAUUGCUCCUCCAACAACACCCUGCAGUACGGAUGUCUGUGACAGUGACUACACCACAAGCAGAUGGAAAGCCAAUAAAUACUAUAUGGAUCUAAACUCUGACUCCGACCCUUACCCUCCUCCACCUACCCCACGGAGUCAAUAUAUGUCAGCCGAGGAAAGCUGCCCGCCUUCCCCUACCACAGAGCGGAGUUACUUCCAUCUCUACCCCCCACCACCCUCUCCAUGCACAGACUCUUCAUGACCCCCACGAAAAUGGAACUUGUGUCCCUCCAGUGUAAAUAAUCUUAAAUAAGAACAAAUAUAUAAAUAUAUAUAUAUUUUAAUGAUUUUAAAGAUAAAUAGAAUUUUUUUUUAUAAAAGAGAAAAUAAUCGGAAAAAAAAAUGUGAAUACAAUGGGUUUGGGAAGGGGCUGUGAAAUUGUACAGUAAAAAAUAUUUAUAAUUUUGCUUUUCUUUUAAUUUAAGUACAGCAUGCCAUGUUUCUAAUGGAAACUAAAAUGUUAAGUUUGUAUUUACGGCAGACAAAAGACUCUGGACCCUUUUUCUGAAUAAUGAUAAGCUGUGAGGUUGAUGUUUUAGCAUUUUUAUUGUAUUCGUUCUAGUGCCCAUGAGUUCUGUUUGGUGGUUAUAUGUCAAGGGGCCCCAAUCCACUUUUAUUCACAGGAAUAAAUGCCCUACCUAGAAUAACCAUGACACAAAUACGGAAGUAAAAUGGAUAUAAAUUCUAAUGACAGCUGCAUUAAGGGGCUGACAAGUUUGCCCAGGAGCAGUAACCCCUAGCAACCUGGUGAUGCAUUGCUCUGAGUUACUGCUCCUGGACAAACUUAGUGUCUUUUAUAACAUAACCCCUUUGACUUUUAUUGUGCACUAAUGUAUUAUUUAUUUAACAAAGCAACCAAACAUCAAGUUAGAAAACCCGAUUGUUAAAGAACAUGACGCCUCUCUUUAGUAGGGGAGAAGAGAUAAAAUGGCCAGGGCCAAAUGUAAUGCAGGUAAGUGAGGCCACAGUAUUGGAGAAAGGACUUUAUGGGUCGGGAACAUUCGUUUUACUUGCCUCAUUUAGAAGACAAUAUUUUUAAUGUAAUUUUGUAUGUAAACAGUGAGGUGCGUCAGAACAUCCAAUAAUAUUACCAGUACACAUACCUGUUUAGCGGUAAGUCUGCCUUCUCUUAAAGGUUUUUUUUUUUUGCUCUGCCUUUUUCCUCCCAGCAGCCUGUUUGAACGAUACAACAAAUGUGCACGUUUUUUUAAUGCAUGUUAAUAUCAUGAAUGGGUUUUACAAAAAUAUAACCCUGCUUUCUCCCCUUAUCAGAAUAUGAAGUAAUUCAAUGUCUGCAAAAAUGCACCAUAAAGUUAUAUUCUCGUU